GAACGCCUCCUUGAAAAAGAAAAAAAAACAAGCCCUGCGUUCGGCGCUUAGUUCUCCCAGGCACCCACUCCUCCUUUCCUGUCCCGCCGCCAACGCCCCGAGCCCCUGGAGCGUUGACCCACACAGCGACCCACGGACCCCCGUCUGGCCCGCCCGUUUCCGCGCCGGCUUUUCCCCCCGUUUCGCCAAGGCUCCUUCGGGUGCUCCACCUUUUUGCUGACCCUCGCACCCGUCCGUCUAGCCAACUACACCACGGCCCUUUUACAGCCCCUUUUUGCAUCCCGUCAUGUCCACCGACGGCAAUGGACAGUUUUCGUCCGGGCUGAUACUAAACCCCAUCAGCUUGGGCGGCACAAUGGCAGGCGGAGGCGGCGCGCCGCCCAGCCUCCUCGGCAACUUCCCCAUGGGCCACACGCCCCAGAACGCGCCCAUGCCCGGCGCUGCGCCGGGCGCACUCGCCCAGAAAAUGCCGCAGCCGAGCGUGUUGAAAGUGGCCGGGUUGCCCUCCGACAUCUCGCAGCGAGAGGCUGGCCUCAUGUUCUCGUUGGUCCUGGACGACGUGCUCAGCAUCGACUUGAACGAGCACGACCUGCUGGUCUGCGUGGCCUUCAAGACCCCCAGCACCUGCUUGACCGCGGGCCGGCUCCUCGACGGCAAGUACAUUUUCGGCCAGAGCCUGCCGCCGGUCAAGGUCGAGUACGACGCCUCCCAGGCGCUCUCGGGCGCGAGCGCCGCCUUCGACAACAUGAGGCUCUCCAACGCGGGCAUCUCGCCGCCGUCGUCCCUGUCGGUGGCGGCGCAGCCGCCGCACCACGCGCCCGCGGGCCAGCCCCACGCGGCACAGCUCCAGCCGGGCUCUGGGGCGCCGGGCAUGGACAACUUCCAGAAACGCCCGUCCAUCGGCAACCAGAGGUCGCGCUUCCUCUUCAGCGACCCCUUCUCGGGCUCCACGACGCCCACCAACGGCGCGCCGGGCUCAAUCGACUUGAGUGACUUGACCGGCAAGUCCUUGCUCUUGAUGAAGCCGAGCGACGGCCGGGAGUACGACGCCAUGCUGCGCGACCCCUGGGCGGCACAGAGCCAGGGCAACAUCGGGUUCUCGUCCAACCCCCAGACGCCGGGCUUGAGCACGGUCCACGGCUCCUACGACUGGGGCGCGGGCGCUGCGGGAACGCUCCCAGCGUCCGCCAGCGCCUCGUCCCAGGCCCACGCGCCGCCUCACACCCAACAGGCGCCGCUCCAGCCGGGCCACGCCCCCGCGGGCAGCUCGCAAAUGCCGUUUGUCACCACUCUGGCGCCGGCCGACCGCAGGAGAACGUCGUCGUUUUUCAACGGGCACGCGGCCCACGUGGCAGCGCAAUCCCCCGUGGGCCACGACUCCCAGGGCCAACAGCAGCUGACUCCGCAAAAGACCCAGCCGUCCCCCUCCGCCCAAGCCUUGCGCCAGCACGAGCAACAGCAUCAGCAGCAGCCGCAGCACCCGGCCCCGCCCACCGUCGCCUCCAUCAUCUCGCAAGGCCCUACCCAGCAGCUGGGCGGCGCCAUGCCCUCAUUGACAAUGCCUGCUGGCCGCACGCCGGCUUCCUCCGGGCCCCAGGCCUCCAGCCUGCAACUGGCAGGCUCGGCCCAGCCAUCGGCCGCGACGCCGACGGGAGCGAGGCCCAUGCAGAAGGACGUCCCGGACUUGUCCUUGCUUGCCAGGGUCCCGCCUCCGGCGAACCCCGCGGACCAAAACCCGCCGUGCAACACGCUAUAUGUGGGCAACUUGCCCCCUGACGCCACUGAGACCGAGCUCAGGUCGUUGUUCUCGCCCCAGAAGGGCUUCAGGCGCCUAUCAUUCCGUACUAAGAACCAGCCCUCUGGCUCGGGCGGCGGGUCCUCGAGCCAUAACCACGGCCCGAUGUGCUUCGUUGAGUUUGAAGACGUGGCACACGCCACUGUCGCGUUGGCCGAGCUCUACGGAAGAGCGUUGCCCCGGCCUGUUGGCAACAACACGAAGGGCGGGAUCCGUCUAUCUUUCUCCAAAAACCCGUUGGGCGUGCGUGGGCCGGGCAACCCGCGCAGAGCUUCGGCAAACCCGCAACCUUCACUGUCGAGCGGCUCGAAUAACGGCGUAGGUAACUACGGCUACCUGAACUAUCACUGAGGGUAGCCUCGCUUGGCUGCUCUAAUGGCACUUUUCUAUCUAUUGUUGCAUUGCCAUGGUUGGCGUCAGUGUUUCGUUACACUGCUUCUGUUUUUUUUUUUACCUCACUAAUCGCUGGCUUGGCCAGCACCCCACAUGCUCCGGCCGCUUCUGUAUUAUACAACAUAGUCAUUGUUUACUUCAAUCCUAAUUUCAUGUUCGUCUUUUGUAUGGCUCUGUUGAUGGUGUAGGGACCGAGUGAUCACAUCCAGGUUGCUGUGGCAC